CCCAGCAUCCAGGAGCUCAGCUGCAGAGAUCCCAGCAUGGCUGUUGUCUACUGGAGGAUCACCUUUGUGGACUGAGGAGAUGCCAUUUCCUGGAAACAGUGAUCCUCGCCCCCAGCCUGGCACUGAGCCACCUGCAGCCCAGCAGCUGACCUUGGCUUCCAGUCUGAUUCAUCUGAGCCUGGAUCCCCUGCGCCUGCCAGAGCUGACCCCGAGCCCCAGACUAGCUGAGUCGAUCCCAAGUUCUGCAUGCCAACCAGAGAUGAUCCUCAGUCCUGGCUUGACUAAGCUGACCCUGGAUCCCACAGUGCAGCCAGAGGAGACCCCCAUCCCCAGCCUGGCAGAGCUGACCUUGGAGCCUGUUCAUUGUCGACCCGAGCUCCUGGAUGCCUGUGCCGACCUCAUCAAUGAGCAGUGGCCCCGCAGUCGUGCCUCCCGUCUGCAUUCCUUGGGCCAGUCCUCAGACGCCUUCCCUCUCUGCCUCAUGCUGCUGGCUCCUUGUCCAACCCCCAAAGCAGCCCCCAUUGUGGUGGGCCAUGCCCGUCUGUCCCGGGUGCUUAACCGACCUCAGAGUCUCCUGGUGGAGACAGUGGUAGUGGCUCGGGCCUUGAGGGGCCGUGGCUUCGGCCGCCGUCUUAUGGAAGGUUUGGAGGACUUUGCCCAGGCCCGGGGUUUCCACCGGCUCCACCUCACCACCCAGGAUCAGCUGCAUUUCUACACCCACUUGGGUUACCGACUGGGGGACCCUGUGCAAGGUUUGCAGUUUGCUAGCCGGAAAUUGCCCACCACCCUGCUCAGUGCCUUCUCCAAGGUCCCUUCCCUUCAGUCACACAACAAGGCCCCUUGCCUGACUGUCCAAGCUGCCCCUGAAGCCCCCACGGAGCCGUCAUCAUCAUUGCUCCCUCCCCCACCCCCACCUUUACCAGAGCCCUUGGCUACCUGUCCCCCACCUCCAACAGGGCCACUGCCACAAAGCCUGCAGGAAACACAGUAUCACAACAUGAGAGGAUGCCUCAUAUUCUGGAUGGAGAAGGAUAUAUGAGGGCCCCCAGGGCAAGGCACUGUUUUUCUGGGGCCAGUGAACUGACUACGACUGCCAGCCUGAACACUCCAGGCAUAUUCCAGCUUGAGCCCAGGCCUGUUUCUUGGGCACCAGAAGAGCUAGGAAUGAUGGCUCUGAGCUGUUAGUGGCUGAAUAAAGGCUUCUUCUGU